AUGGCCGAGGGGCGGUUUUACCUGUUGGUGCUGGCGCUGUCGUCCCUGGGCUCUGUGUGCGUCCUCUUCACCGUCUACUGGAUGUGGAACUGGCACGGCGGCUUUGCCUGGGAUGGCAGCACCCUCAUGUUCAACUGUCACCCGGUGCUCAUGGUGGCUGGCAUGGUGGUGGUCUACAGCGCUGCGUCACUGGUGUACCGCCUGCCCCAGUCCUGGGUGGGGCCCAAGCUGCCCUGGAAAGUCGCCCACGCGUCCCUGCACCUGCUGGCCUUCCUCCUGACGGUGCUGGGGCUGGUGGCCGUGUUCAGGUACCACAACAGCAAGCACAUCGCCAACCUGUACUCCCUGCACAGCUGGCUGGGCAUCACCGCCGUCUUCCUCUUCGCCUGCCAGUGGCUCCUGGGCUUUGCGGUCUUCUUGCUGCCCUGGGCGUCCCUGCAGCUGCGCAGUCUCCUCAAGCCUGUCCACGUCUUCUUCGGAGCCUCCAUCCUCGCUCUGGCCAUGGCGUCUGUCAUUUCCGGCAUCAACGAGAAGCUCUUCUUCAGCCUGAAGAACGCCACCAGGCCGUACUCCAGCCUGCCCGGCGAGGCUGUCUUUGCCAACGGCACCGGGAUGCUGGUGGUGGCCUUCGGGCUGCUGGUGCUCUACCUCCUGCAGGCCUCAUCCUGGAAACGCCCGGAAGUGGGGGUCACGACCGAAGGACAGCCCCUGCUGCGUGAAAGGGAGUGA